CGAUCAGCUCUAGCUUCACAAAGUUAAGCCAAAAAAGAAAGAAAUACAAAAAUGGCUGAACAGUUCACCGAAGAUCAGAUCUCAGAAUACAAGGAAGCUUUUACCUUAUUUGAUGAAGAUGGAGAUGGCUAUAUCAUUGCUAAAGAGUUGAGCACUGCAAUGAGGUCUAUGGGAAAGAAUCCAACUGAAGCUGAAAUCCAGGACAUGAUCAACGAGGUUGAUGCUGACAAAAAUGAAGCUAUUAAUUUCACUGAGUUCUUGGAUUUGAUGGCACGAAAGAUAAAAGAUGCGAUUAAGGAUGCGCAGUCUGACGAGGAGGAACCGAAUGAUGUUUAUAAGUUCUUAAAAAGGUUUCAUUUCUGUUGCUGAGUUGGGACGUACGUGUUACUACGAAUUUGGGAGAGAAAUAGACUGACGAAGAAGUUUUUCUCAUUUGUUUUUUGCCUUUUCUUGGGGCUUUUAGCUCUUCUUUAGUUGUAUCCGCCAUCACACGGCUUGUGUGCUUUUGAAUUUAUCUAAGUUUGCCGAUCAAAAAAAAAGAAAGAAAAGAUACUUCAUACAUCAA